AUGGCCUUGGGAAGCAUCUUGCUCGCAGUUUGGCAGAUGGAGACGAAAGCGGCACCACCGUCACUUCGGCCAUCGGUGGAGCAGGCGCAGGCGCCACAAGCCAUGCCAUCGCGCAUGAACGAGAGUGGUCCACUUCUUCCGUUUUCUCCAUCAGCCGCGCCAGAAGGAGACAACGCAACAGUAAGUGCUUCCGACAAGUCGAGAAAUGCGGCAAAUGAGGGCUGUCCUUUCCGGGUCAGUUCACUGGACGGGCCAGCUGGAAACUCGUCAUGGCAUAGCGGAGGCUGGGCAGUCCGUCGACGUUGUAGCCAGUCACUGGAUACCCUGUUCUUCGUGCACACUGCGCCGAGUCACUGGCAGAACCGAGCGCACCUGCGCGCCACUUUCUUCGAAGAGGCCGCCAUGACCUAUUUCAACUGGGCGGUCGUCUUUUUCAUCGGGGAACAAGAUGACCCCACUGUAAGUCUCUGGACAAAGCUCGAGGCGGAGGUGAUGGGAGACAUUGUGACGCUGGGGUACAACGACACCAUACUCAGUCUGCUCCACAAGUUCGUCGGUGGAAUGAGGUGGGUGCUCGAGUACUGUCCCAACGUGAGUAGCAUAGUCAAAAUGGACGAUGACGUGGGCGUGCACCCAUUCGAACUCCGCCGAUACCUGCACGAGGAGCUUCCGCUCAAGAGCGGCGAUUUGCACUGCUACGUUUGGUUGAGAAAUACGGUGUACCGGGAGCCCCAAAGCAGGUUCUGCGUUCAUGUGGAGGACUUGCCCCAGGACAAUUAUCCGUUGUUCUGUUCGGGUCGCUCCAUCAUCAUGACGAUUGACACGAUGAGAAAGCUGUACAAGGCCUCCUCGAUUGUGAAGCCCCAGCCCAUAGACGACGCCUAUGUGACCGGACAGCUCGCCCUUCUCGCCAACGUGGGACACGUGUUCAUUAACGCCAGGAUAGAAUGGAGCGAUUCGGAUAAGACAGAACCGAUGCUAGACGGGAAGUUCUUAUUCACCCACGAGUACUUUGACUACGGGCUCUCCAUUGAGCGCCGGGCACAGUGGGGAUUGCUGCUGUGGCAGUACAGGAUGGAGCACACUAAUGACACGAAUCAUUUAGACUUGUCCGAUCGGUUCUACAGCAACAUGUACCGUCGGGACUUCGAGAACACGCGACGGUACCUGCAGGAUGCGUCCGUGUUGUUGUGA